AUGGCGGCCCCGAUGUUGAACCAGCUCAACACCCUCGUGGCCAAAAUGUUUGCCGCGGGUUUGCUGGACGAUCAGUUCCAGGAGCUGCAGAUGCUCCAGGAAGGGAGCGCCCCAGACUUCAUCGACAAGGUUGUCACGCUCUUCUGCGAGGAUGGCGAGCGUAUCAUCGGCGAGAUCGCCAAGCUGCUGGACAAGCCAUGUCUGGACUAUCACAAGGUGAGCCAUUUUGUGCUUGAACUCAAGGGAAGCAGUGCAUGUAUUGGUGCUCAGAGAGUGAAGAACAGUUGCAUUCAGUUCCAUCAGUGUUGUCAGGAGAAGAGCAGAGAUGGGUGCCUGAACUCACUGGAUUCUGUGAGGAACGAUUUCUAUGAUGUGUGCAGCAUGUUCAGGCCACAUGCUUCAGAUGCAGCUGGGCCAGCGAGUCCAAGCCUUAAUCCUAAACUGUAG